CCGAAGGCCAGCAAGCACCAGCCGCGCCAAGAACGUGUGGCUUGGCAGCUUUGGGCUCGUCUGCGUGCUUUUUUCCCCCUUUGCUCUCUGCCCUCCGCCCUGUUACUUUCUGCCAAGCAGCCCCAGGCCUUCUGGGCGGCGCCAGCAGCCUGCUGUGUUUGGCCCGUCGCCAAGGCUUGGGUGUUAGUGCUGUACUUUGGCGACUGGCCCCCCCAUCCGCUCCCUUUUUUUUCUUGUGCUGUGCCGUCCUACCUCAGCCGAGAUCGGCAGGCAUGCCAGCUCCGACGGCGAGCAGCAAGUGCACUGGUGUUGCGAUGUAUUACCUCUGCGCUCCCGACGGGCUGGGGACGCGAAGAAACAAAUGAAGUCCCCGAGAGAUGGGAGUGGAAGGAAUGGGAGGAACGUCUUGUCUUUUCGCAGCUCCAGUCCCCUUGCACCGGACGGGGCAGCCAAGGCUUAAUUGCCAAGUCGUCCGUCCGCCCCGACGCGCGGUUUUCCUGAUCCCCUUUCUCGGUUUUUUUCUUUUUCCCAAUUUUUGUCUCUCUCUCGUCCGAUGGGUUGCUUGGUUGGUCUCGUCGCCAAUGCGCCGCGCCCGCUAAGUUUUUUGAUACGGCGCGGCCCACGUCGAACUUUACAAACAGGGACCCAAGAGCGUUUUACCCUUCCUGAUGCGCCUGCCGAUGCUUGGGAGUGCUUGGCAGACCACUCAUGCUUCUGGCCGUAGGACAUCAGGAAAGAGCUUCUUUUUUUAACAAUCGCAAAUGCCCCAGCUUCCCCCCUUCUGAAUCCCCUUUUUCUCGGUCCCAUCUAUCUGCCGUCUCUGCUUGAUUUUCUGCAUUUUUUUUUGCCUUUUGUCCUGAUUGCCCGCUGCGCCAGCCAACCCUUGCCAUCGGCAUCGCAAUCAAGCCGGCUGAAGCAGAAACAUCGGCCGCCGCAUCCAAAGUGACAAAGUGCCUGCCGGCCCGGUCGCUGUCAAUCCCGCUGCUACUCUCUGCUCGCCCGCACGCGCAAGCGCAAGCGCACGGCAGCGAAAACGACGGGCAGCAAAGCUCGACGCUGCAUAAAUGACACAGCCCAAAUUCCCGCGGUGCCCGACCGCGACGCCGAAAGAGUCGGAAACAAUGCGGUUACUAAGCCCGCCAACAUCAUCACCACUUUUGUCCACCACAACCUCCAGAACAACCUCUAGAACAAUCUCGCCGGGCCCGCUGCCGCUCGUCCUGAGGUUGCUGGUGACGGGCUUCCUCAUCAUGUCCUCGUCGCGCACGGGCCUGGUGUCGGCCGGCACCUUCGACGCCGUCAAGGACGCCGAGUGCGCGUCGCCCAACACCAUCUGCCUGACGUCGUUUCGCUGGUGCACGCGCGACCCGCAGUCCAAAAAGGGCUGCUCCUACCCGGACGACAUCGACGCCUUCUUCCCGGGCUCCGACACGGUGCCCUACGCCAUGCUCUACCACGGAAGCAAGUACGACAUCACGUGGAAGCAGGCCAAGCCCGGCGUGCCCGUCCUCAUCGAGUGGCUCUUUUCUAGCAACCUGGUGCAGGCGGGCGACCACCGCGACGACCACGGUGGGGGGGAGCUGGAGGUUAAGUGGAGCACAAACACGACUGGCUCGUCAUACACGUUCGACCCGCUCGCCAUCCUGGGCACCUUCCCGACGUCGCAGGCGCCCAACAUGUCGACGUGGGAGGCCAUAGCGUCGACGCACGACGCCAGCAACCACAUCCGCAUCAGCCAGCCCGGCGCCAACGGCGACGGCGCGCCGCCCAGCGUCAGCCUCACGGCGCCCUCGGCCACCGUUGGCCGCGCCACCCUCGGUGGCGCCAACAGGUCCGUGUCGGACCAGUUCCUCGUGCACUCGCGCUGGACCGAGCAGUUCGUCCGCAACGUCCAGGCCUACGACGCCACCCUCUACGGCCAGCAGCAGCGCAACUGGCAGAUCGGCGUCGGCGCCGGCAUCGGCAUCGGCGUGCCGCUGCUCGUCACCCUGGCUUGGUUCGUCGGCCACCGCCUCGGCACCCGUGCCGGCUACGACAUCGCCGCCAAGGCCGCCAGGAGGGAGUACGUGAGGCGAGACACGAGCAGCUGAGCCUGCUGUCCUCCUCCCCUCUUUUUUUUCCCUCCAUCUUUGUGUCGGGGUUCGGCGCACGCGUGACCAGGCCCUGCCAAGUCAAACCGUGACAAGUCUCGAUUUGACUGCCGCUUUCGGCUGCCCGCCGACCACCACCUGACACUAUACAUCCCAGUUUCUUGUUUCUAUUCACGUCGCCGGAUUUGAGCCUUCCGCCCAUGACCUUUUGCCGUCUUUUCUUAAGCCACACAUUUAUAUACCCCAUUCUGUUCGUACUUUUGUCAAAUGUUUUUCUCCUAAUCAUAAAGCCUCGGGACGGCGUCCCGACGCGCCCGACGAGGAAGCUUGGCCCGGAACCCUUGUCCCGUCUGGCCGGGUCGCUGAUUGGUUCGGUUUCGGUUUGCGGUCUCUGGAGCCUGGGGUUUGGGUGGUACGCGUCCCUUGUUGCUUGGGACCUGUUUUUUUUUCUCUCUCUCUCUCAUCAUCUUGAGCAUGAAAGCGGCCUUUGGGCAUGUUUAUUACCAUCAUGACGUGCGGCUGCAAAGACUAGCUUGCACACAUGACUUUAUGUAAAAAUGUCAAUACGAACAAAAACAAUCGACUCCCACCAUACCAGUGGAAAGAGUCUUGCAUCCACAUACAUAUAUCCCUCGAUGGUUACCCGUCU